AUGUGCCUCGUAGAAAUUUCUCCCUACCUCUUUUUCACGGAGUGCUAUGUCAAGUUCAAGGUAUUGAAGGAGAGUUACCGUACGUUCAGUUUUUUGCUAGAACAAGACGAUGUUGUUUGCGAUGUAACCUUGAACAAGGUGUAUCUUGAUGACUACCAAAGAGAAACGAUGAACCAUCAUUGGCCGCUAGCAAAACUUUAUGUUCAUUGUCGAGAGCCUAUGUGGGAUACUUUGAAGGCAACAUUUGCCACAAUAAUCCUUGAACAUUACCCGAGUGAAGAGAUAUUCAAGAGGCACCCAACGCUUCCGACCUUGAACCAAAUAUGUGAGGAUUAUUGGGUGGAAGCUAGUUGUAUGGCUGCGCGAAGAAGGCCCCAACAUUAAAAUUAGUUGCG